CUGUGGUGACUCCCGACCAUCCCCCGGUACCGGCGCGGGAUGGCCGUGACCUAACCCCGGUGCGAUGGAGCAGCCCCGACACCGGGACGCGACCGGGGGUGUCCCCGGGGGGAGCGGGCCCGCGGGGGGCUCCAGCGGAGCCUGGAACGGGACCUGCGGCCACCCCGGUACCGGCACCGGCACGGCGGGCGACGACGACGACGAAAGCGGCGAGCGCGACCCUCCUGUCCCCAACCCCGGUGGCGUCUCCGGUCCCGGGGGUGUCCCCGACACCGUCCCCACCCCCGGGGGUCGCUGCGGCUGCCGGGGUCCCCCGGCCGCUCCCCCGAGCCCCACCCGGGACAUCUCGUGUGGACUCGGUUGCCGCCACCGGGGAUCCCCGGACGGCAACGGCGACACGCAGAGAACGCGACGGCGACAACGACAACGCCACGAGGAGCACGACGAGGAACGAGGCGACGACAGGAGGGGACAGCGGGGCUUCCUGCGGGUGGCCCGGGCGGGGGUCGCGCUGUGCCUGCGGCUGCUCGGGGCUCUCCUGGCGCUGCUUCUCCUCUUCCUCCUCCUCCUCCUCGGGGGGCUCCGCUCCCUCCUCCGCGGGGGCUCCGCGGGGCUCCGCCGCUGCCGGGAGCUGUUGAGCGAGCGGUUUCAACGACGGGCGAGUCGCUGCGGCGUUCCCGGAGGUGACAGCGGGCAGGAGGUGACACGUUUGGUGGCCAUGGCCGAAGUGGCCGAGGAAGAGCUGGACCCGUUCCGGGUGCUCGGGGUGGACAGCACGGCGAGCGAUGCCGAGCUCCGGCGGGCGUACCGGAGGUUGGCGGUGCUGGUGCACCCCGAUAAAAGCCGUGACCCCCGGGCGGAGGCGGCGUUCAAGGUGCUGCGGGCAGGCUGGGAGAGGGUGAGCAGCCCCGAGAGGCGCCGCGAGUACGAGACGAAGCAGCUGGCCCAGGGCGAGCUGGCGCGGGCGCUGGGCGCGUUCCUGGGCCGGCUGCAGGAGGAGCUCAGGGACGCCAUGGACGCCAUGGGCUGCACGCGCUGCGGGGGACGCCACAGGCGGUUCCCCCUGGACAGGGACCCCCGUGGUGCCCGGUACUGUGCCGAGUGCGGGGGGUGGCACGCGGCCGAAGAGGGUGACCUGUGGGCAGAGUCCAGCCUGCUCGGCCUCAAGGUCACCUACCUGGCCCGCAUGGACGGCCACAUCUACGAUGUCACCGAGUGGGCGGGCUGCCAGCGUGUGGCCAUCUCCCCGGACAGCCACCGUGUCCCCUACCACCUGUCCUUUGGCGCCAGGACAGCCACACCGGCCGGACGCCAGCGGGCACCCCCCAAGGGCAGCCCCCCCUCUCCUACCGAGCUCCAGGAUUUCCUGGCUCGCAUUUUCCAGGGAAAUCCCAGCUCGGGGGAAGCCGGGGGGGCUUUCCCCACCCCCCCCGGGGCUGCGGGACCCCCCCAGGGACCCCCCCAGGGACCCCCCCAGGCCCAGGGGGGCCCCCCCAGGGGGGACACGAAGCACAAGAGGAGGAAGAAGGGGCGGCGGCCGCUGCCGCGCUGAGAAGACCCCCGACCCCCACCCCAAAAAAAGGGCUUGGAAUAAAACUCUAUUUUUCUUU